AUGGUUGACCCAGUGAGUGCGAUUGGAGUGGCAGGGAGCGUCCUGCAAUUCCUCGACUUCGCUGCAAAAGUGGUAACCAAAGGGAAUCAAAUCUAUCGUACUCGUGAUGGGCUCCUGCAGGAACAUCAGGAUCUCAAUCUCGUCACCUCAGACCUCUUGCUGAUGAAAACGAAAAUCGAAAAGCUCCAUCCAGACGAGACAAUACCUGACCAACUGCUGUCUGCUUCCGUGGAACUAGCCAGGCAACUCCUAACAAGACUCAAUCAAGCCCAGGCGCAAGGCCGAUUACGAAGAUGGAAGAGCCUUCGCCAAGCAGUCAAAUGUGUCUGCUCAAAGAAGGAAGUAGACGACAUGGCGAAUCGAUUGGCAAUGUUUCGCGACCAGAUUACGUUACGCUUAAUGACAUCCGUGAGCACGGAAACCAACCGAAACCUGCUGUGCCAGACAGAAGCAACAAGAAAGAUUGGACAGCAAGAAAAGGCACUCGCGUCAAUUCAAAACAGCAUCGGUCAAAUUAAAUCCCAGGUCGAGGAUGUGGCCCAAGUGGUGAGAAGAGAACACCUUGUCACGAACGAGUUUGUCAGCACAUCUCUUGACAAUGCAACAACAACACUCACGAAGCUCAUCGAAGAAUACGGCUUGAAUUUGCAAAGAACACUUGAGUACCUGCAGACUUUAAGCCCACCACAAAACUUACCAGAAAAGGCCACAAAGCCAUCCAACAACCCAGAAACCACCGAGAUAGCCAUAUUACGAAGCUUCGCAUAUCAAAGCAUGAAGGUCCGCACAGAGGCAGUCGCUGCUGCCCACGCCGAGACUUUCCAAUGGCUCUUUCUAGGUUCAGAAGACGUCGAACGACCAUGGGAUGACUUCAUCGAAUGGCUCGAAACUAAGAACGACAUCUAUUGGAUAACUGGUAAAGCUGCGAGCGGGAAGAGUACCUUGCUCAAGUAUAUCCUGCAAAACGGGAAUACUCGACGGGGAUUAGAACUGUGGGGAGGCGGCUCAGAAGUUGUGAUAGCCAGCUUCUUCUUUUGGUCGCUCGGGGACAGCAUGCAGAGAUCACAGUGUGGCUUAUUACGGUCGCUAAUUUAUAAUAUCUUGCAGCAAAGGCCGAGUAUGAUCAGCCAGGUCCUUCCAAGUCUGUGGCAACAACUGCAUCACCAGCCGCUGGAUUUCUUCAAAUCAUUAGGAUCAGCGUGGCAUGCGUGGUCCGUCAGCGAGCUCAGGGAUAUUUUGACCACACUAAUCACCCAGAACGAAAGCCUGCUCAAAUUCUGCUUGUUCAUUGAUGGCUUGGAUGAAUUUGACGGCGAUCACCGCGAAAUCGCCGAUUUUUGCUGGCAACUGUCCCAAUUUCCGCACGUCAAGAUUUGUCUUUCUAGUCGUCCUCUUAUGGUAUUCGAAGAGGCUUUUAACAGCUACUCUCAUCUUCGACUCCAAGAUUUGACUCGGAAGGACAUCGAAAGAUACGUAUUCGACAAUCUUUCAGACCAUCCAAGGUCCAAGGCGUCACAUGAUCUUUCUUCGCAGAUUCUAUCCCUGACAGAUGAAGUGGUCAAGCGAGCUUCUGGCGUUUUCCUAUGGGUGGUUUUGGUUGUGAGAUCUUUGCGAGCUGGCAUGACGAAUCACGAUUCGCCGUCUGACCUCGAACAACGUCUAAAUGAGUUGCCACUGGAGCUUGAUGGGAUGUAUUCCAUGAUCCUCGAGAAAAUCGAACCUCAUUUCUACCGACAGCAGGCAUGCCGUUUACUCCAGUUGAUGUAUCACGCCAGAGGCUCACUUUCAAUGCUGGAACUGUCAUUUGCAGACGACCCCGAUACAGAGAUCCCCUCCAAUCGUGAUUUCUUCGCCAUGUCUCCAGUUGGGCUCCAAGAUCGAAUUACUACAAUGGGCGCUCGUUGCAAAAGCCGUUGUGGAGGCCUACUCGAGGCUGUUCCGUCUUCAAGAUCGAGCGGACCGGGACGUCAUGAAUUCUGCCCGGAUGUUAACUUUCUCCAUCUGACCGUCCGGGAGUUCCUCGAGAAGCCCGAGCACUACUUCGAAGCUCUAUUGUAA